AAAAAAGGAUUCUGACAAAAAGCAACUGUUUUGAAAGCUUUGAUCACAGGAAAAGAUUGAUUCAAGGGGGUAAACAAAUGCCUCCAAGAAUGCGAGCUACUGCAGGAUUGUUGGAUACACCUGCAAGCAACAUGGAUAUGAAUGAAGAAUAUGAGCAAGAUACACCUACAAGCGACGCGGAUAUGAAUGAAAACAAUGAAUACCCUGGGCCUAGGGGUGAACCAGGUCAAAUGAAUGAAUACACCUUGAUGAUGAGAAUGAUGGCAUACAUGGAGAAACAGGACAGAUUGAUGGAAAUACUCAUACAAAAACUAGGUGGAGACUCCGAUUCUUUGUCAAUAUGGAAUCAAAUGGAUAUCUUUGAACAGAGGGAUGAUUUGAUGGAUCAACUGGCUACGCGUGCCACUGCCACUCCUACAACUACUACACCUACCACUGCCAUUGCUCCUAGCCAUCCUCCAUUCACUGUGAGAACCACUGUGAGAACCAUUGCAAGAAUAACUGCAAGAACUGUCAUGGGAACCACCGCGAGAACCACCAUGAGAAUCACUACAAGAGCCACCGCAAGAAUCACUCAUCCACACUACUACUACAAGCUGAGACCUCACAACCGCCGAAAGGGGGAGGGAUAAAUGAAUAUGAUGGAUACAACAAAUACAGACGAAUACAAAUGAAUACAAUGAAUGUGAUGGAUUUGAAGGAUUUGAGCACUACUGUGCGGUAAUU